GUCGAGGCGGUGGACAGCCAGCAGCGCCCACAGCUCAUAAAGCUGCUCCACGCAUACUGCCCCAGCCGCCAGCCCCGCCCGGCCGCGCCCUCAGGGCUGCUGGGGCUGUCCGCGGGCCGCCUGUCUGGGGGGUCGCGCCACGGCAGCGCGGGCGGGUCGCGCAACAGCCGCUCCUGA